GUUUAGCCCGGGACAAACGCAGAUCUAUGCACAAAUAAGGAAAUGGUGUAAAAUACAGUCCAUGCAAGUUCAUUUCAGCACUCAGAGAUGGAUGUAAGAGCAUUAGGUCCAAGGAGGAUGGAGCCCAGAAUUCAGGGGGGACGUGGGAGGGCAUCGCCGGCCGUGCUCCAUCCCUUGAUGCCCAUCGCCCGCCUCUACGUCUACGCCCUGCACGGCUGCCUUUGUGAGGUAGCCUUCACCGCUGCCUGCAACUGGUACGAGCUCCGCGACAGGAAGCUGGUCGGCCACACCAGCCUCUGGGCGCUCCCCAUUUACAGCUCCGCCAUCUUCCUCAUCGAGCGCCUGCACCUGUGCCUGCGCCCACGCUGCCCCCUGGUGGUCCGGCUGACUGUCUACACCCUGCUCACCUACCUGUGGGAGUUCAGCACCGGGUUCGUUCUGAGGCUGCUGGGGGCCUGCCCCUGGGACUACUCGUCCUUCCGCUGGAACGUGAUGGGCCUGGUGACGCUGGAGUACGCCCUGCCCUGGGCCCUGGCCUGCCUCAUCGCAGAGCGCCACAUCAUCAGAAACACCCUCAGGAUGCGUCUGGAGAGCCCGCACCACACCUGACUGACAGCUUCCCCAUGUCCACAGGGGACAGUGGGUAUCCUACAGUGGGUUCCCCAACUUUCUGAGCUCCCUGUGCCUGUUAAUGAGUGACUCACCCAUUCUAAAAGGGGAAAAAAAGGGUUUUUUUUUUUUUGUUGUUGCAUAAACUGAACUUUUGAUUGAUAAUACUUUGUAAGUCUUGUCUUAAAAAAACAAUCUUUUCAACUUGCUAUGAAUGUAGGCACCUUGCCUUAAGGCAGGAAGGCUUCCUAUUGAAUUCCUCACAGCUACCACAAUGUUUUUUCAUGAUUACAUGAAAUAGGGUCUGUGUCACUCUCUCUUCAAUAUUGCGAAACGAACAGCAGACUUUCCACUUCAGUAUUCAUUGUGCAUCUGGGCUUAAAUUCAAGUGGAAAAAAUUUACACAGAAUUUUGUGUUGGAGCUCAGGGAAGUUGUGCAAUAUGUUCAUUAUAUUUUCAGUUCUGUAUGAAGUGCAAUGUAUGCUGCUCAACCUAACACUGAGCUCAAGGAAAUGGGGAAGCAUUUAUACUUACUAAUAAUUAACAUGCAUCACUGUUAAAUCAACAGCACACAUUGAGGAAAACUGCAUGUUCCAAGACUGACAUAAACUAUGCAAAUGUGUGCAAAUCAUUUCUUUGGUUUCUAUUAAAACAGAGGCAGAUACAGUUCAGUGUGUAUCAAUGUCC